GCUGCAAACGCAGGGUCUUUAAAAGCCCUCCACGCGGGCCGGCCCGGCGCAGCCCUGCCGAGAGCCGGGGCCCGAGGAGGAGACGAUGCCCUCCGAUCUGCUCACCCCAUUUGUGGAGCUGGACGAUCCGCUGUGCCAGGCCUUCCUGAGGUUGAACGUGGGGGAGGAACCUGGCCUUGCAGCGAGAUGCCCGGUGGGAUACCAGCGCGCCUUCUCCGCCGGCCCGGCGGCACCGUCCGGCAGCGCUGAGCCCCUAGAGGAUGGCGUCGGCGCCUCGGAUGCCCUCUGGUCUCUCCCCGGCCAGUGGGGCUGGGCCCCGGCGCUGCCCCGCACCAGCCUCCAGCGCAUCCCGUUCCGGGCGGAGCGCUCGGCCAGCACGAUCGAGGGCUGCCGGGAGGGGGCGGCGGCCGCCUCGUCCCGCUACAAGACGGAGCUGUGCCGCACCUUCGAGGAGAGCGGGCUCUGCAAGUACGGGGCCAAGUGCCAGUUCGCCCACGGGGCCGGGGAGCUGCGGGGCCUGAACCGCCACCCCAAGUACAAGACGGAGCUGUGCCGGACCUUCCACACGGCCGGCUUCUGCCCCUACGGCUCCCGCUGCCACUUCAUCCACAACGCCGAGGAGCAGCGCCAGCCCCCGCGCCUGGGGGGCCGCUCCCCCUCCUUCUCCCGCAGCGCCUCCCUGUCGGCCUCGCCGCCCGCCUCCGGGCCCUGCUGCUGUCGCCACCCCGCCGGGGAGCCCCCCUGUUUGGCCUUGCCGGCCACCGUCGCUCUGGGCCAGGACGGAGCAGGGGGGGCCCCGGCCGCCCCCGAUGCCUUCGCCUUCCCCGGGCAGCUGUCUCUGCAGAGGAGCUCUUCCUCAGACUCCCUCUCGGAUCAGGAGGAAUCGGGAGGCAGCAGCGGGUCGGAGUCACCGGGACUGGGGCCCAGUGGGCGCCGGCUCCCCAUCUUCAGUCGCUUGUCCGUCUCCGACUAGCAGGUGUGCCGCGAUCCUCCAGCGUGGGCCCUGCCCCCACCCCUCUGCCGGGGCUCGCGCUUAAAUUGCUGCCUCUCCGCCUAGAGGCUGGGGCCGGUGGGGUGGGGAGGUACCAUACCGGGUCAGAACUGAAGGGGUUAACUGGUUCCAGGGUUGAGUGUGUUGGGGGAAAAAACCUUGGCCCUGCCCCCCUCUGGGAUCAUGUGAUCAAUAACCCAUGGGCCAGAUCUUCUCUGGUGUAAAUCUGGAUUCCAUUCCACUCCCAUUGGAGUCUGACCCCCGUAUUGCAGGAGAGGAGAACUAGGCCUGGGAAAUGGGGGGGGGGGGGGGAGUGCUUCCUCCCCCCUCCUCCCCAAUUACCACAUGCCUCCUACCAUUGUUUAUACCAGUGCAUAUUGCUGCUGGAUGGGACCGGGGCUGGAGUCUUGUAAACCACCGUGCAAGGAGGAAAAACCUCUCCCCGGCUUUCAGGGGUGAACACAGCCUGGGCUAGUCUUGCUUGGGGACUGGAGGAGGCUGAGACCUCCUGAGACCUCCUGACCUCCACAUCUCUGCAGCCUGGGUCUGUGGGUGGAUUCUGAGUCAGGUCUCCUGACCCAGAGGCCACUGCUGGAAACUCAGAUCAUGACCGUGUGUGUCUUCCAAAACAAACAAAAAAAGGAAAGUAACACAAAUAGCCAAGGGGUGGGUGGGUGUGUGUGUGUGUGUGUGUGUGUGUGUUCUGCUCUGCAGGGCCGGCACUUCCACUAGGCGACCAUAGACCGUCGCCGGGGGCAGCAUUUUGCCGUCCUCGGUGGAAAUUUGGCGGCGGGGGGGGUCCUUCCACUCUGGGUCUUCGGCAAAAAUUUGGCGGCGGGUCCUCCACUCGCUCCGGGAUCUGCCGCCGAAGUGCCCCAAAGACGUGGAGCGGAAGGACCCCCGCCACCGACUGCUCUGAGGAGGAGCGCUGCCGCCUAGGGUGGCAAAAACCCUGGCACCACUCCUGCUGCUCUGCCUCUCGUGUGGGUAUUUCCACCGGAGCCAGACGCUGCUGUGCACUGUGGAGCCGGGGUGAACCGGUAGCUCCUUUUGUAAGCUUUUGGGGAGCCUCUGGUGCCCAGGCUUUGGGCCAGCACAGGAGGGUGGAUGUGAAGUGAAAUGGGCGAGGUGCUGAAACUGAAACUGACGAGCCUCCUGUCUCAGCGCUUUCCGCUUCUCAUUCCCCCGGGGCGGGCUGCUGGCAGUAGGAGGGUUGUAGUUUUAAACAGAUCGUGACCUCUACCCGAGAGCCCUUCAGAGUGUCCUGAACGAGCUGUGUGGCCUUGCUAGCUGCCCCUUGCAGCUGGCCUCUGCCCACUAGGUGCUACUCUCCCUCAGGCUCAAAUACCCAAGUGCUAUUGAUCUCGGCGGGGUUGGUUGCCACCACAUGUGGCUUGAUGUGACUUAAACUUGUGGGUCAAACUCCAUACAGCCUGGCUGGGGCGGCAGGCUGGCUCUCAUCUUGCCAGCAGGGGGUGCUAGGUUCCAGCAAGGGGAAGAGGAUGAUUGGAUCCUUCCCCCCUUUGGUGUCCAGAGAUAAGUAAACUGGGAUGUGGUCCCCUCCUCUCCUCCCUCACUCAUGACAUCCCAGGUUGGGAGGCCAUGUCCUGAGUCUUCCAUUUGGCAAGUGGUUUCUCCUCCCAAAUUUGUCCUAACUUGGCUGGCCUGCCAGAUUUCUGCCCCCAGCCCCUCUAAUCUCUCCUUAGUGGUCUGGAUUCUCGUGGGGAGAAGGUAGAACUGCCUCUUUGCAUGUCAAGUUGCUGGAAUAUGGCAGGAAAUUAGCCAGCACGGGGAGCUGUCUGGCUGGCAGGCAGAGGUGGGGGUUCACCAUACCCACUGUCUGUACCCCAGGCCAGAUUUCUCCAGGUAGCUCUGUUCCUGCCCAGGCUCGAACACGAGGAAGGGACCGAUUCUUUCUCAUAAGUCCUCUGCUCUGAGCUAAGCUGUUCAAACAUCCGAGCUCACAGCAAAACCUGCCUGUUUGGGAGCCAAUACCUUCAGCGAAGCUGGCCCAGAUCUUAUGGGCCGAAUCGCUUUAGGGUCAGAUUCUAAAAUCCCAAAUGGGUUCCUGAUUUUUCUUCCCCCAUCCCAACCCCCUCAUGUUUCCGAUCCAUCUGCUCUUCUCUGCCCCUCCUCGCUGGGCUGGGAAUGGAGCAGUGUUAUGUCACAGUGCCUCCCUAUAGGUAGGAUGGAACCUAAACCUCUUCAGUUCUUUUGAAGAAAGCCACUAACCUUUCAAAGCUAGAAGGCUUCCUCUGCUAGGAUAGCGUCGCUGGGCUAGUAGCGAAGGCAAGGAGUUUCCAAAGAUGCCUUGGGGUGGAUUUGGCAAUCCCACUCCAGUGGGAAUAGUCUGUUUUCCACGCAACUGAUCAGACCUGUGCAUCUAAGGGCUACUUUGUGUGAGGGGGUGGAAAUUGACAGAAUUUCUCCCUGUGCAGAUGCUCUAGUCUGGAAUAAUUCAUGGGCUUCCUCAUGAAACCGUUCUGGAAUAAAAUUUGCUCUGAAAUGGAGCAGGGACAUAAGGAGUAAUUCUGCAAGAGUUAUUCCAGUCAAUAGCCACCCCACCCCAGACCAGCCCUUCGUCAAAAAUUUAGGUUUGAAAAGCCUCAGUCUGUGUCUUGUUUUUGUUUUAAAUUAUAUUUUAAACUAUUUAUUGUCUUUUAAAAAAAAUCCUAUUUCUGAUAUUUGGAACCAAAUCUUUUUAGAGGAGCAUAAACUUAUUUUAGUUUGUUUAUCCUGCGCGCUGAAACUUCAGGGCCAGCGCCUGCCUUAAGUCUCUGACUGUAAUCACGCGGAAUCUAACUUAUUGCAAAAUUGGUUUCUUGUUUAUUUAUAGUGGUUUCACUCUGCUUUUUUAUAGAUCUAUAAAAUUAAUAUAAUGGGUGAUUAUUUUUUUUUAUGGAUUGUAUCUAUUUCCUGACUGUAAUAAAACUGUCCUUU